CGGAGGGCGGGCUGAGCGCAUGGAGCGGCGCGGGUCGAGGGCCGCCGCGGCGAGGGGCCGGGCCGGGCCGGGCGGAGCCAGAGCAGCUGAGUCCCAGAUAAGCACAGUCAGUCCUGGCCUGUAGGCUGCUCUGUCGCCAAUGAACUCCAUGAACCCCAUGAAACCUGCCCUGCCCCCCACACCACACGGUGAUGGUUCAUUUGCAUAUGAGUCUGUGCCUUGGCAACAAAGUGCCACUCAGCCAGCUGGAUCGCUGUCCGUGGUCACUACCGUGUGGGGAGUCAGCAACGCAACACAGAGCCAGGUUUUGGGGAACCCCAUGGGCCCUGCAGGGAGCCCUUCUGGCAGCUCCAUGAUGCCUGGCGUGGCAGGUGGCAGCUCUGCCUUGACCUCCCCGCAGUGCCUGGGACAGCAGGCAUUUGCUGAAGGCAGCGCCAGCAAGGGCUACGUGCAGCAAGGCGUGUACAGCCGGGGGGGCUACCCCGGGGGCCCUGGCUUCACCACCGGGUAUGCAGGCGGCCCAGGAGGCCUGGGCCUCGCCUCACAUGCCACACGACCCUCCACCGACUUUACGCAAGCAGCAGCCGCUGCUGCUGUGGCUGCUGCUGCGGCCACAGCCACGGCCACGGCCACGGCCACCGUGGCUGCCCUCCAGGAGAAGCAGAGCCAGGAGCUGAGCCAGUACGGAGCGAUGGGGGCCGGACAGUCUUUUAACAGCCAGUUUUUGCAGCAUGGAGGUCCCCGGGGGCCCAGUGUCCCCCCUGGCAUUAACCCUACUGGCAUGGGAGGGGUGAUGGGCCCCUCUGGCCUCUCCCCCAUGGCCAUGAACCCCACCCGGGCAGCAGGAAUGACACCCUUGUAUGCAGGGCAGCGCCUGCCCCAGCACGGGUACCCUGGGCCUCCCCAAGCUCAGCCGCUGCCCCGACAGGGGGUCAAGAGAGCCUACUCCGAGGUGUAUCCAGGGCAGCAGUACCUGCAAGGAGGCCAGUACGCACCCAGCACUGCCCAGUUUGCGCCUGGCUCUGGGCAGCCCCCUGCCCCCUCCCCCUCCUACCCCGGGCACAGGCUGCCCCUGCAGCAGGGCAUGGGCCAGUCCCUGUCCGCGCCCGGCCCCGCGGGACUGCACUACAAGCCCACAGAGCAGUUCAACGGGCAGGGCGCCAGCUUCAACGGGGGCAGCGUCAGCUACAGCCAGCCCAGCCUGAGUGGGCCUGCCCGUUCCAUCCCGGGCUACCCCAGUUCCCCUCUGCCGGGAAACCCCACGCCACCUAUGACCCCCAGCAGCAGCGUCCCCUACAUGUCCCCAAGCCAGGAGGUCAAGUCUCCCUUCCUGCCUGACCUCAAGCCCAGCCUCAGCUCCUUGCACCCGUCACCCUCCGGAAGCGGCCCUUGCGAUGAGCUGCGGCUGACCUUCCCUGUGCGGGACGGGGUGGUCCUGGAGCCCUUCCGCCUGCAGCACAACCUGGCUGUGAGCAACCACGUCUUCCAGCUCCGAGACUCUGUCUACAAGACCCUGAUGCUGAGGCCCGACCUGGAGCUGCAGUUCAAGUGCUACCACCACGAGGACCGGCAGAUGAACACCAACUGGCCGGCCUCGGUGCAGGUCAGCGUCAACGCCACACCGCUCACCAUCGAGCGCGGUGACAACAAGACCUCACACAAGCCUCUCUACCUGAAGCACGUGUGCCAGCCGGGCCGAAACACCAUCCAGAUCACCGUCACUGCCUGCUGCUGCUCCCACCUCUUCGUGCUGCAGCUAGUGCACCGCCCGUCCGUCCGCUCCGUGCUGCAGGGCCUCCUCAAGAAGCGCCUCCUGCCGGCCGAGCACUGCAUCACCAAGAUAAAGCGGAACUUCAGCAGUGGCACCAUCCCUGGCACCCCUGGGCCCAACGGAGAGGACGGGGUGGAGCAGACUGCUAUCAAGGUGUCCCUGAAGUGCCCCAUCACCUUCCGCAGGAUCCAGCUCCCCGCCCGCGGUCAUGACUGUCGCCACAUACAGUGCUUCGACCUGGAGUCGUACCUACAGCUCAACUGUGAGCGAGGGACCUGGCGGUGCCCUGUGUGCAACAAGACAGCGUUGCUGGAGGGGCUAGAGGUCGACCAGUACAUGCUGGGCAUCCUGAUUUACAUUCAGAACUCCGACUACGAGGAGAUCACCAUCGACCCCACGUGCAGCUGGAAGCCAGUGCCCGUGAAGCCCGACAUGCACAUCAAGGAGGAGCCAGACGGGCCGGUGCUGAAGCGCUGCCGCACCGUGAGCCCCGCCCACGUGCUCAUGCCCAGCGUGAUGGAGAUGAUCGCUGCCCUGGGCCCCAGCGCAGCCCCCUUUGCCCCCCUGCAAACCCCCUCAGCCCCUGCCCCCAGCGACUACCCCGGCCAGGGUUCCAGCUUCCUGGGACCUGGGACCUUCCCUGAGUCUUUCCCACCCACCACGCCCAGCACCCCAACCCUUGCUGAGUUCACCCCGGGGCCACCCCCCAUCUCCUACCAGGCCGACAUUCCCAGCAGCCUCCUGACUCCAGAGAAGUCUGCUUCUUGCCUCCCGGGCCAGAUGGCACCGGCUGGUCACCUGGACCCUGCCCACAAUCCUGGGACGCCGGGGCUGCACCCCUCCAACCUUGGGGCUCCUCCAGGUCCCCAACUGCACCAUCCAAACCCUCCCCCAGCAUCCCGGCAGCCCCUGGGCCAAGCAAGCUUGGGGCCUACCAGCGAGCUGGCCUUCAGUCCUGCCACGGGCGUGAUGGGGCCUCCCAGCAUGUCCGGGGCAGGGGAGGCCCCAGAACCAGCUCUAGACCUGCUCCCAGAACUGACCAACCCCGACGAGCUACUGUCCUACCUGGGCCCGCCCGACCUCCCCACAAACAGCAAUGAUGACCUGCUCUCUCUCUUUGAGAACAACUGAUCCUGUGUUAACCCCUGGCCUGAUGGGGGACACACUCACAGAUGUCACCACAGCCCUGCCCCUCACACCCAGCUCCAUGGGACACCUGGUGGUCCUCCCUGAAUCUCUCUCCCAGCACACACCUGGAGCCGGCCCUGCCCCUGAACCAGAGCAGCCUGUGCUCAGAGGGAGGGGCCCAGGCCGGUGGCCCUCACCACCCUCCUCCUAGCAGGCUCACUGCCGCGGAACGGUUUUUGCUGGGCUGCCCCCGCCCAGCCCUGUCCAGCUGCGUCCACACACACCUCACAGCCCCGUCUCACGGCCUUGCACCCCGUUCCUCCAGCCCUGCCUGCUCCCGCCUAGCCUGCAUCUUGUCCAGAGUUGACCCUUCUGUUUCAUCUCCUCCUUGACCAGGCACAGCCAGCCAUGUGGCGGGGCUGGCUCUGUCCCUUGGGCCCGCAGCACCGACAGCAUCUGUGCCCGGCAGCCCAGCUCUUGGAACUGGGCCGGACACCAGCCUUCUGGGGGCCUGGAGCUCUCUGGCAGCACAGCCGCGCGCGCGGUGUCGGGUUCCUCUCCCCACUCUGAGCUCUGGGCAGAGGCUGCGGGGCGGGGAGCUAUAAAGCACAACAAUGUACAUAGUGUAGAAACACUAACAGCUGGAAAGGAGGGGAAAGCUAUUUAAGUCAGCAUGGUCUCGUACAGCCCCGGGCUUCCCUGUGUGUUCUGCUCCUUCCCGCCGCCUGUAGACCGCUCAGGGAGGGACCUCCCACGGGGAGGGACAGCAAGGUUUGGCCCAUCGGGGAUGGGUGGGCUCUCAGACUCAGCUCUGUGUCAGAACUCUCCAGCGGGCUGCUCUCCCACGUUCCCCUUUGCUGUGAAAGUGAAGAAUUAGUUCAGCUGUGUUUUUAAAGCCACCUCUCGUCUCCACCCUGCGGGCGCACCCGGAUGAAGCAGGAGGAAGCCACUGCAUCUGUUGGUUCAGGGCCCAGCCCGAGUGAGCAGGGUGCCUGGGCCCCAUUGUGUCUCCUGUCUGUGCUGAGCUCUAUUAAAGGACUCCCUCUUGGUGGGCCUG